GGUUAAGAAACGGCGUAAAAAGGAAAAAAAAGUCAACCCCACAGCUUUCCUGGUGCCCCCUGAGCUCUUUUUCCACCCUGAAAAAGGGGCAAAAUGGGAAAAACGGAGUCUGUCCCCUCCUGUGUCACCUCGUGUCACCCUGUGUCCCUGCUUGUCCCUGCAGAUGCUGAUGAGGAGCUGCUGCGUGGCCUGGAAGGAGCUCUGGGGGUGAAGAAGAAGAAGCGGGGCCCCAGGAAGCAGAAGGAAAACAAACCUGGGAAACCAAGGAAAAGGAAAAAAUUGGUGAGCGAGGAUGAGUUUGAGUCGGAGCGGGAUGAGUACCGGGAGAAGUCGGAGAGCGGCGGCAGCGACUACGGCGGCGUGGCCAAAAAGAAACGGCGGAAGCACCGGGAGAAGAAGGAGAAGAAAACAAAGAGGCGGAAAAAGAUGGACGAGGAGGGGGGGCAGAAGGUGAAGCCGGUGGAGCAGAAGUCGUCAGCGCAGCUGUUGGGUGCGUGGGGGCUGGAGGACGUGGACCACAUCUUCACCGAGGAGGACUAUCACACGCUCACCAACUACAAAGCAUUCAGCCAGUUCAUGAGGCCGCUGAUCGCCAAGAAGAACCCCAAGAUCCCCAUGUCCAAGAUGAUGACCAUCCUGGGCGCCAAAUGGCGCGAGUUCAGCGCCAACAACCCCUUCAAGGGCUCCGCCGCCGCCGUGGCCGCCGCCGCCGCCGCUGCCGCCGCCGCCGUGGCUGAGCAGGUGUCGGCCGCCGUCGCUGCCGUGGCGCCCGAGGCGCCGCCGCCUCCCCUGCGCAAGGCCAAGACCAAGGAGGGCAAAGGACCCGGCCACAAGAAGCGCAGUAAGAGCCCGCGGGUGCCUGAGCUGAAGAGGAAGAUGAAGGGGAAGAAGAUGGCACCGCUGAAGAUCAAGCUGGGCGUCAUCGGCGGCAAGCGCAAGAAGAGCAGCUCGAGCGAGGACGCCGGGGAGGCAGAGGAGGAAUCUGACGCCGAGAGCUCGAGCGUCCACAGCGCAUCCGCCCGCUCCGACCCCGCCGGCCGCAUCAAGAAGCUGAAACGGGGCCGGCCGGGCCGUAAAAAGAAGAAGGUUCCCUGCACUGUCCUCAACAGGGAGCGCGGCCCCGCAGGGACGGCCGCUGUGCCUGGGCACGGUGAGAGCCCCCCCCCCCGUGUCCCCUUUGUCCCCGAGCCUGUUGUCACCUCCCCCUGCCCUCCCCCUCCCCCCCGUGGUGUUGCUCGCGGUCCUGGCUUGGCUGGGGGGGGGUCCCGGAGGGGGGUCUGCAGCCUCUGGCUUUGUCUUGGGCUGUGCCCACGUCCCCGAUGUCCCUGCGUCCCCACGUCCCUGUGUCCCCACCUCCAGUGCUCCCAGUGCUGCAUCCCCAUCACCUCCAGUAUUGUGUCCCUGUGUCCCCAUUGUCCCCUUCCUGUCCCCAUCACUCCCUCCAUUCCCAUGUCCCCUUUCCAUUCCCAUAUCCCC